AUGACAAUUCUCUCCACCCCUUUUAUUUCCUGCAGGCAUGGUCGGUGGGACGCGAUUGCUGAUGGUUUGAACUGCUUCUGCAUCCAAGAGAAUGCUACCAGGCAGAUGAAUGAAGGGCAAGACCCUUGCCGGCAGAACACGGCUUCCGAUAAUGACCUAAAACCGUUCAGAAUUAUAUACACUAAUAAGUCGUCCGAUUUGUCCAAACUCAAUGGGAAGUUGGCCCAACCUUCUAACAAGCACGGUGAGGUCGCAGGUAGACCUACUGAGGGCCUGAGUGGUGCGGCAGAUCGAUUUAACCCUACCGUAGUGGCGGUGUCCGACAACGUGGAGGAUAUACUAAAGGACUGGGUGCUGAUCCUCAAGGCAGGCCUCACAGCGAAUAACGGCAGAGCCGCGCUCUCUUUCGACAGUAAGGGUGAUGGCGAUCACCAAGCCUGGAGGCUUGAGCUUUUUAUAGAAAAAGUAUGGAAGCCCCUGUACACCAAUAUACAAGGGAUGCUCUCUCACAGGUCGGCAGAGGUCACGCAUGGGGGGGGUGAAAAGGAAUCCCCUCAUCGUAGCAAACGGGAAAUGGGGGCACUGCCUCCCUUGGCUCAGGGUUCUCUUACGCCGAAGAUGGACAUGGGUGCUACUACGGGGUCGGCAUCUAUUGCCAGCACAUCUGAAGUUAACCCACAUGACGCCACGGUAUUGGGCAACACUGGCCAAACUUGCUCGUCCUUUUACGACGUGUAUGAUGUAGUUAUUUUGCGUCUAUGGGAUCUCUGGGAGUGGCGGGACCCGCAGCAUACGGCGCUUGUUCUCCUAGCGCUGAUACUUGGUGGGGUCUUGUACGGCAGUGCCUACCUAUGCAACAGCGCCGCUACGGGCCUAGUGCUGCUCUUCCUAUCCAUACCGUUGACUAGUGAACAGAGGUGGCGUCUUCGUGAGGCCCCAAAGACAAUUCAUGAUGGACCUUCACACGUAUUAUCACCGUCUGUGAGCACCUUAGUAUCAGGAGACCAGAAAGUACGGAGCUGGGCCGAGUCUUACAUCGCGUGCGACGCCAACAGGAUGCGGCUUCUAGCCAACUUUUUCUCUCUACCAAGCAAGUCUUUUACGCAGGGUGCAUUAAAGGCAAAUCCUGAAUCCUCUUCCAACUCCGGAAUCGCUCAAAAGGAUAACAAGCAGUCACAAGUGCAAAAAAUAGCUCAACAAAUCGGACUUCCCUCUCGAAAUGCAGCAGCCAUUGAAAAGCUCUUGCAAAGCUAUUUUGGAAGGAUUUUCCUGGUAUACGUGCUGAUGCAACUCCUACUUGGUGUGUUUCUCCCCUAUUAUUCCAUCAGUCUCACAUUGGACACGCUUGUCGCACCUCUGGUGGGGGCUUCAAUGCUGAUCACCGGCCUCAGUCGACUCCGACCUACGUUGUUUGCGGCACUGAAGAGGGCCCAAACCAAAGCAUAUGCCGAAGGGUGGCUUCCAAAGCCGAUGGAGAAGGCGAAUCCGGUUGUGAAUAAGGCCCAAAGUCCGGCUGAAGCACCUUGCGAUACCAAACCACUCGAUACAAGUUCAGUCUUCCCUCAAGCGAUUACCAAGCCUCCCCCCCUGGCGAUACCGUCGGGAAAAGAAUGCCCUUCAGAGGAGAAAGCAACCGACCCCCCCUCCCAGCCGCACUCGAGUACGGCAUCCGGACCUAUCAGGGAGACUAGCACCAAAAGCAGAGAUCAAACACAUUUAUACUGCCUGCCGGCUCUCACCGACAAGGAGACUGCGAUUGUGGAACAGCUUACCAACUACGGUGCUCCCUUCUCUAUGGUUUUGCUGAAGCCGAUACGUGAGUGGAAUCAGGAGUCCGGAUGGUCUCUCCAGUGGGAGCGGAGAGGUCUGCGCUGCGAGGAGCGGCUACUUGGUGGAGGGAGCGGCGACGGCUUUAACAGAGAUGGCAUAGCCAUGCGCUUUACGGCGAGAAUCCCAAACGCGAACGUGGGGACGUUCCAGGCCGUGCUGUUAGACGACCCUGACUUCCUCGACACCAAGGACACCUUUGCGUAUCAGUACACGCCUUUGUUGACGCAAAAUUGCGUGGUAAAGCGCCUAGGCUAUAACUUGAUGAUCCUCCUCUCGCGCUACCGCUCCCCCAUUCACGAGGAGCCGCCACUGGAGCUGCUGCGCUACCUCAGCCCCUCCAUCUUGUUGGACCCUGACCAACAAGAGGCACUGCGGUUGCGCCGACCGUACGUUCCUUCUACUUUCUCGAGCGCGAACCCCAUUGAUGGGGGUUACAACGCGACUGCCAAGGCGUGUGGGGGGGUUUCCAAGGAAGGGAAGCCUCUGAUGGCUUUUGUUCAGUGCGGGAUCCCAUGCCCGCAGGAGCUGCACCCCACUCCACCCUGCCAGCCCCCUCACUGCCGCGGCCCCACGGAGAUGUUCGCCAUCCUCGGCCUCGAAGAGGUGGAUGGCUCCCUAACGAUGGGCCUCUGCACCAGUUUCAAAGGGGCGGAUGUGUAUUCGGUCAAGUGGGCGCCUGUGUUCCGCUCGGUCAUGGAGCGGAAGGCGUUCUACCUCGCGGAGCUGCUCAAGCGCGUGGGCCCCAUGCCAAACCAACUCGCCGUCUACCGAAACGAACGCUACUUUCAGCCGUUUCUGAAACGACAGCCGUUGUCGCAGGUGGAGACGUCAUCGACGUUGUUGACCGAAAAGCAAUCGGGAUCGACGCCGAAUCCCAUGAUGGGAAGCGCCUUCCUAACGGCCGACUUGAAGCUAUCCAAUGUGCCCCCUGGGACCCUCAUCCAGCGGACCUCAAGCGCCAAAAACCUCCCCAACUCCAGCGGCACCAUUUCCCGCACCCUUUCCUUAAUGGGUUCCGUCAGCAAGGUGGCUCUGACGUCCGCGAGCGAGGUGUCCGUGAUGGAGCGGAGACCAUGGCCGCACCUCGUGGAGCGCUUUGUAAAAGAACUUCUCACCGCCACGACUUGGAGGCGGGAGGGCGGGAGUGAGCAUGUGGUGUUAUACACCGGCCUCACUCUCUUCACCGCGGCGAAAGCGUAUUGCACCGUCACCUUCGCGGCGGACGCCAAGCUCAGCGUGGCGGAGAAUGUGAUCCAUCUGAACCAAUUCGCGCACGACCGCGACAUCCACGCCAAGCGUCAGAUCACCAUCACCUCAAGGACGCUGGAGGAGCUCCUCGUGGAUGCCGCCCCGGAAGUCGAUGCGGGUGGGGUGGAAGCGGGAGGGGGAGGGGGAGGGGGAGGGCGAAAAGGACCCUCUCCGCGCCCCGAUUUCGUGCGGGAGGCGUACCACGGCUUCACCCUCCGUUUUACGCAAUUCCACCACGAGACGUGGGGCCUCCCUGCCGUCGACACCGUUACGCGUGUGGGGGAGCCGUAUUACUGCCUGGCGAAGGACGCCCUCGCCACCCUGCUGAGCCCGGCUGCGCUCACGGAAGGGCCCCUUGCGGGGUUGGCAGGGCUCCCAGAGGAGACGAAAAUGCUCUUCUGCUGUGGCGAGGACGCCAGUGGGGUGCUGCCGGAGAUGACGAACUCCACCCGUAGCCGGAUGUUUCUCUUUGGGCAUCUGUGUUGGGAAGGGGCGGGUGGAGGGAUCCACCUCCUUCACUGCUGGGUGAGUGACCUUAGCACGCUCAUCCCCGCGGUGUCGGCCGCGGAUAUCGUGCGAUCCCACCUCCGCGUGAUCGAACUUCAGCGGGAGCAGAUCAUGCGAAUGAGCCGGGAGGGAGCCAACGGGGAGUGA